ACUCACACUCCGCCAUUAUUUUGUCCAUCUGAAUCCCCUGUUUUCUCUUUCUCUCUCUUAAAAAAUGCACUCUCUCACCUAGUACAAAUUCAUCACAACAUCACUAAAUUCCGUCACGGUGAUCAUUGUUCUGACAUCUAAUUUUUUUUUUAUGCCAAGACUAAAUGAAAUUCUCUAGUUAAGAAUUCUCUAGAACUAGUAUGAACUAGUAUAGAUAGGUGAUGAAAGUCUCAUUUUGAGACGCGUUCUAUUUAACAUCAAUCUCAUCACAACAUCACUGAAUUCUGUCACGGUUGUCCUGUUUUUAGCACCUGAUUUUUUUUGAUAUAUCCGAGCCAAAGGCUAAAUCUCAGUGGAUCGUGUCAGCAACGUUGUCUGCUUAGACAACUUUAACAUUGGAUUUGGUCGGAAACAAUGGCGGAUUCCGGUAACACACCGUCCACCGGAGGCGGUGUUGGCCUCACCUCGAAGACAUCUAUACUAGGGCAAAAGCUCUACGUCAUCAUCAUCGUCACGGUAAUAAUCGUGACGGUGGUGCUCUUACUGAUUCUGUUCUGUAUCCGACGAAAUUCGAAUGCUAAACGACGUCGUAGGAUGCACAUGAAGCACAGCUCAGGACUGCUGCCGUUGGUUUCCGAACCGAUCAACGAAGAAUCGACUGAGAAAACAUCUAAAUUGAGUGAGUUUGAGAAGGAUGAUGAUGAUGAGAAGGAUGAGAUUAAACCGAUUGUGAAAGUUGUUGAGAGUAAAUUAGGGUUUACUAAUUCUGGUAGUAACGAAUCGGGGACGAGCCGUAGCGACGGUGCUGCGUCGUCGGUAUCGGCAGAGAAUUUGAGUAAUUUAGGGUGGGGGAAGUGGUACGGUUUGAACGAGCUUGAGAUUGCGACGAGUAAUUUUGCGACGGAGAAUGUGAUCGGAGAAGGAGGGUAUGGAAUUGUGUAUAGAGGGGUUGUUCGUGAUGGUACUGUGGUGGCUGUGAAGAAUCUUCUAAACAAUAAGGGCCAGGCAGAGAAGGAAUUUAAAGUAGAGGUUGAAGCAAUUGGAAAAGUAAGGCAUAAAAACCUUGUGGGUCUAAUUGGAUUUUGUGUAGAUGGUGCUAAAAGAUUGCUUGUGUAUGAGUAUGUUGACAAUGGAAAUCUGGAACAAUGGUUGCAUGGCGAUGUUGGACCUAUCAGCCCUUUAACAUGGGAAAUCCGAAUGAGGAUUGCAAUCGGGACCGCAAAAGGCUUGGCAUAUUUACAUGAAGGAUUGGAACCAAAAGUUAUCCACCGCGAUGUUAAAUCAAGCAAUAUUCUCCUAGAUAGAAAAUGGAACGCAAAAGUAUCUGAUUUUGGACUUGCUAAGUUAUUAGGACCUGAAAAAAGCCAUGUCACCACACGCGUAAUGGGCACAUUCGGAUACGUGUCACCCGACUAUGCAAGCACAGGGAUGCUAAAUGAGUGUAGUGAUGUCUACAGUUUUGGAGUUUUACUCAUGGAAAUAGUAACCGGAAGAAGCCCAGUUGAUUAUUCCCGAGAACCGGGAGAGAUGAAUUUGGUUGACUGGUUUAAAGGAAUGGUGGCAAGUCGUCGCGGCGAAGAGUUGCUAGACCCGAAGAUUCAAGUGCCACCACCUUCUAGAGCUUUGAAGCGUGUAUUGCUAGUGUGCCUUCGGUGUAUAGACAUGGAUGCAAAUAAACGCCCAAAAAUGGGCCAAAUCGUACACAUGCUCGAGGCAGAUGAUUUCCCUUUCCGCACAGAACCUCGCCCGCAGAGAGAUAUGGCUACGUUUCGUGCGGGUGAGGAAGCUGGAAGUAAAGCGCCUUCGGUGAAUUAGUUCUCGAGCGCGUUAUCAAAAUUUGUUUGUUCUUUAUCGCUAAAAUGAUUAUAGGUACGCGAAUGCUUUUAAAGAUAAAAUAUUUUGUUCAGAAAGAGCAUUGUAAAUAGAGUGAGUUGUUUGCAGUUGAAAUUAUUUGGUUACUUUUGCUAUAUGUAAACAGAUGUAUGUAAACAAAAAGCACUCAAAUAUUGAACAUGGUAGCUUUUAGAAGAA